UCGUAAACUGUUUAUAUCUGUCGUAGUUGUCCUGUCAGGCAGCAUGAAACCCAUGUGAGGAAUGUUCUUUCUAUCCACUGUAGCUCUACACUCCGCUGUGGCCCCUCUGCAGUGUGUAACAGCGCAGUCAUGGCAUCACUUCUCCUUCCUCCGCUCUCCAUCCCGGCGUCAUGUGAACGGGGAUCACGGUGCUUUCUCUCUUUUUAGACUUAAUACUACCUCUCCUCCUCCGCUUCCUUUUACCUCCCCCUUUUCAAGAUCCUUCGUCAGAGCUGACGUCCUCUCCCCCGGUUCUGCCCCGGUGGUGGGGUCGUGUCUGUGAACCAGCUGCCUCUCCACGGUUUCUUCAGAACCGGCGGAGGAUGAGUGAGCAAAGCAAGGGCUCAGCAUCUGCCUCUGCCACGGCCCCGGCACCGGGCUCGGACACCUACAAAGGCUGGCUUUUUAAAUGGACCAACUACCUGAAAGGCUACCAGCGGCGGUGGUUUGUCCUCAGCAAUGGACUGCUGUCGUAUUACAGGACGCAGGCAGAGAUGGCCCACACAUGUCGUGGAACAAUAAACUUGGCUACAGCCCACAUUGACACAGAGGAUGCCUGCAACAUUGUCCUGAGCAGCGGGGGUCGCACCUACCACCUGAAGGCGAGCACAGAAGUGGAGCGGCAGAGAUGGGUCACGGCGCUGGAGUUGGCCAAAGCUAAAGCCAUUCGAAUGAUGAAUGACCAGUCAGAUGACUCAGGGGACGAGGAGCCGACAUCCCAGUCAGACCGCAGCGAGAUCCAGGGAACUCUCAAGAUCCUGGUCAGCAAGCUCGAUGACCUCAGCACAUGUAACGACCUCAUCGCCAAGCACGGGGCGGCCCUGCAGCGCUCACUGAGUGAGCUGGAGGGUCUGAUCCCGGUGGAGGGAGGAGAGAAGAUCAAGGCCAUCAAUGAACUAGCCACUCUUUUCAGGAUCACUUCCAAUGCUAUGAUCAAUGCGUGUCGAGACUUCUUGGACCUAGCAGAGACCCACAGCAGGAGAUGGCAGCGGGAGCUGCAGUAUGAGCGCGAGCAGCGUACACACCUAGAGGAAACCAUUGAGCAGUUAGCUAAACAGCAUAACAGCCUGGAGCGAGCGUGGAGAGAAGCACCCACGCUUGUUUCCAGUGCCCCCAGUGCCCCCAACACCAACAAAGUCUGCAUGACUGUAUGCACUGAGAAAUAUGUUUCAGGAAGCGAGAGGCCACUCAAAGAAGAAGCAAGUGACGAAGAUGAAGAUACAGAGUUUUUUGAUGCCAUGGAGGAUUCCCCUGCGUUUAUCACAGUGACAACCACAGAGAACACUCAGCACAGGCGUUCUCAAAGUAAUCUGAGUGGAACGAGCGAAGGUCACCCCAACGACUGGAACCAGGACAACCAUAUGUCUCCAGGUUGUAACGAUGUGUCGGGGAAGGAGUUGCAGCCUUGCAGACAUAGGCGAACUCAUAUUCCUGACAAGCCCAACUACUCCCUGAAUUUAUGGAGCAUCAUGAAGAACUGCAUUGGCAAGGAGCUCUCCAAGAUUCCUAUGCCUGUUAACUUCAAUGAGCCUCUGUCAAUGCUGCAGCGUCUCACUGAAGACCUUGAGUACCAUGAGCUUCUGGACAAGGCAGCACGAUGUGACUCCUCCCUGGAGCAGAUGUGCCUGGUCGCUGCCUUCUCCGUAUCUUCCUACUCCACCACAGUCCAUCGCACAGCCAAGCCCUUCAAUCCCCUCCUGGGCGAGACAUAUGAGCUUGAUCGCCUGGAAGAGUUUGGCUACCGCUCACUGUGUGAGCAGGUGAGCCAUCACCCUCCCGCUGCUGCACAUCACGUGAUUUCCCAACGAGGCUGGACCCUGUGGCAGGAGAUCACAAUUGCCAGCAAGUUUCGUGGCAAAUACCUCUCCAUCAUGCCUCUGGGUACCAUUCAUCUGCACUUCCACUCCAGUGGGAACCACUAUGUUUGGAGAAAGGUCACUUCCACGGUACACAACAUCAUUGUGGGCAAGCUGUGGAUUGACCAGUCUGGCGACAUUGAGAUUGUUAAUCAGAGGACAAAGGAGACUUGUCAACUCAAGUUCUCUCCCUACAGUUAUUUCUCCAGGGACGUUCCACGCAAGGUGACAGGUGUAGUGACAGACAGCGAUGGUCAGGCUCACUACAUCCUCUCUGGUACAUGGGAUGAUAAGAUGGAAAGUGCCAAGAUCAUUCACAGCAGCAGGGGGGGCAGUGUUUUAGAGGGCAAGCAGAAGACUGUCUAUCAGACUCUGUCCCCCAAACUGCUGUGGAAAAAAUACCCUUUACCGGAAAAUGCAGAGAAUAUGUACCACUUCUCUGCACUGGCUCUGACCCUGAAUGAGCCAGAGGAAGGCGUUGGACCGACAGACAGCCGUCUGAGACCAGACCAGAGACUGAUGGAAGACGGACGAUGGGACGAGGCCAACUCGGAAAAACAGAGACUAGAGGAGAAGCAGAGAGCAGCGAGACGGAGGAGGGAAGCAGAGGCCUCGGAUGCGACAGAUGAAGGCAGAGAAUAUGAAGGCUAUCAGCCAUUAUGGUUCCACCAGAGGAGAAACUCAAUCACUGGAGAGACAACCUUUGUGUACAAGGGAGAUUACUGGGAGACGAAGGAGAGACAGGACUGGAGCAUGUGUCCUGACAUCUUCUAACCCAGGAACUGUCACACCUCACCUCAGUGGACAGGGAAAUGGUUAUGGCCUCUUUGCUUUACGCAGUAGAGUCUAGUUGGCUCGUAAGCAGUACAUGGACUAUUGUGGAAUGUGACAAUGCAAUUGUGUAUGUUUCCACACAUUCUUCAAUUUCGGAUUACACUGUACCUCCAAAUGUACACCUGCACUCUGUUUUUACUGUCGGGGGACAAGAAGGAGCAGCCGGGUAGUUUGCCCCUUUUUUAGUCCUGACUCUGAAACAGUAUUUAGAAUGUGUGGUUAUGACAUCACACAACGAAUGCGCCUACAUACUACCCAUGUCACACUUUGCUGUUAUUACCGCAAUUCCUAAGUUUUCAAACUGGGUAGAAACCCAAAUCAAAAAUACAAUACAAUUGUAGACUAGGAUGAAGUAGAGUCUUAGAAACACACUCAGUGCUUUAGUACUAAAAAGAUAUUCAAACUCAUUUCCUGUCUUGUAUACAAUAAUUGAGGUUGGGUUAGAGUCUACUGGUCGAUGCAGGAGAAAGCUCACACCUGGAAAAGGUCUGCUGUUGAAUUUACAGAACAAUAUAAGUAAUGUUACUUUAACCUAAACUGUGAAUGAAUCUGGUCCAUCUUUUAAAUCUUACCUUAUUUUAAAUGUCAUUUUUAAUUCCCAUUAGUUCUCACAUACAAUUUAAACAAACAGUUUUAUCUACAACCAUUUAAUGUUAUUUGGCUUUUAAGGUUGGCAGACAAAUGAAAGGACAAACUUUAGGAAAAAAAGAAAGUGUUGGGGUAAGAUAUGUUUUUUUUUUAGUUAUCUCAAAAGUUAAAUGUGGUUGAAUACAUCUCAACUAAAUUAUUUAUUAUGUUAAUGAUAUAUCUUAGCAGUCUGUUUUCACAGUACAAAUGCAGUACAUUUAUUUUCUUUAAACAGGUUUAGCAGCAGUGCAGAAAUGCAUUUUUAUUGGUAGAAAUGUUGUGACUCUACUCGAGGUAAACGUGAGUACAUGUUUGUCUGUUUAUGAGCAGAUCAGUAUUAAGUACAUGCCAUGUAAAAACACAAACUGGACAUCUUUCGCUGUAGGACUGCAUCAAAGGAUGCCAAAGGAACAAUCUGUUCAUUUUCGACACAUUGUUUGACUGAGUUCACUCAUUCAGAAGAACAAAAACACUUCAUUUGUCAAAAUAUUUUUUGCUAUGUGCUACGCAAGAUAAACAGGUUGCUUUGAGGUUGCAGUUAUAUGUGUAAUUUUAUUACAAGUGUAAGUGUAAUUUAAAGGAACAGUGUUAACCUUGUGCAGCUGCAACCAACCAAAUAGUAAUGUUUCUCUUUAGAUUAAACUUCUCAACAUUUUAAUUAAACACAUACAGUUGUUUCCUAUAAAGAACCAGUUAAUGUUGCACAGCGUUUAUGAUGAUGUUUUGAGCAUAGAUAUUGUAACAGUAGAAUGCGCUCACACACAGUAGAAUAACCCAGUCUAUGUGGAACCAUGUUGUCUAUGAAAUCUCCACGAAAGACCUGAACACACUUGUUUCACUGUGAUUGUACAUUAGGUCAGGUCUGUGUAUUCAGUUCCUGUAAAGCUGGCUUCAUCCUUGAUGAACAUUUUACAAGGCUUUGUUCUACUUCGGCAUGUUAUGUUAUUAAGUCUGCACCAAACUCACAGAAACUUUCAGUACUACUCACCCGAUGCACUCUUGGUGUCUAAAAGUUUCUCUGGACAGCUCCUUUUUCAGUAUCUCUUCCUGAGACUGGAGAGGCUUCUUGAGAGUGAUUUUAGCUGACUGGAGCUCAGGGCCGGUUCCUGCUCCAAAGGCUUUACAGCAGAGGAUUCACCCAGCUGCAGCUCCAGACUCACUGCUCCUCACCUGUGUAGACCUUUGAAUGAGUGUUUGUAGACAUGCUGAUCUGGGAUCAGCUUACAAGGAUACCCUCAGUCUUAGGCCUUAAAUUGACUGAAGAAGGGAAGCAGUUCUCCCACUUGUGCACUACAUGUCUAUGUUGACAUCUAGGGUUAAAAAAAAUACAAAAACUAGUUAGUAUUUUUUUGUAAUUACUCUUAGAAGUCAUGAGGCUGGAGGUGUGUAUCUGCUGUUUGUCUAUUUCUGUGAAUAGUUUGUGAUAAAUGACAAUAUUGUAAAGUUAGGAAUAACAUAUUCUAAUCUGAGUGUUAAAUUAUCUGUACAGUAUCUUUGAAAUCUGAAAAAGAUUAACUGACGAGCCCCGAGGAUUUCAAGUUUUGAGUUUCAAACUUGAUGAUAUCGUUGAAUAUCUAAGGUAAUCAAAAAUAAAACGGCUCAGUGUUGAACAUUUAUAUUUUCAUAACCCCCUAAAAUGAACUUGAACUUGUCCCUGAUACUGUCACAAGUGUCCAUCAGUCAUCACUCCCUCACAUGCGUAGGCCAUAGUGAUGUUUAAAAUUGACUAGAAAUGACAAAACCCUCCAUUUUUCCAUAUUUCACCUGUUUUGAGAUGAGCUCUUGAGGUGACAGUGUUAGUGUUAAUGAUUUGAUGACAAAGGACGACUGUAUUAUGAAAAGGCUUCUUUAUCUAGUCACACAAAAGAUUGUGGUGCGUGUCUUUUUUAAACAUGAGAUUGUCGUGAGCACAGACUAUUUAUCAUAUAAGCAUUUACUUCUGUUCCUGUAAGCAUAAAAGCUUUUGAGGAGUGACAUGGCAGCAGAAUAGUUUAUUUUUUCUAUUAAGAAAACUCAGUUUGCAUCGUUUUCUGUUGUGACACAACUUGAAAACAAACGUGUUGAAAGUUUGCCCUAUUCUUCGAACGAUCAAAAUAAAGUUGACGAAAGAUUUACAUUCAUAUAUUGUGUUUGAGAUGAUUUUAUACUUGAGAGUACAUAUUAUAUUUUGAAUGAUGAUGAAGAGCUCACCAUAUGUUGUAGCCUAUAUAUAUAUAUAUAUUUACUGAUGACGUGACCGCAGCACCUGAUGGCGACUUGCUUGUUGUGGUGACUAUGUGUCAGCUGUAGCAAUAAUGCAGUGAGGUGUUGGUUUCUCAGUCCAUGGCUGUUGUUGCUACAAACUGUUGUUUCGAUCACACAGCGAAGGGUGAAAACAACCAAAGUUUACUGGAGAGUGCACUGUAGAUUAAAUAAGUACCUGCUCACCUGCCUUUCUGCGUCUGAAGGAUCUCAUUUAAACUCCCUCUCACUCUUUCACUUCAUCUCCACCAUCACUCAAUGUCACUGUGGUGUAGGUCUAGUUUUAAUUCUUAAGCUUUUCUUCUCCGUUUUUGAUUUCUGUCUUCUCAUGGGUGCCAUUAUUCUUACAUUGUUGUUUUCUUUCUGUCUGGAUGAAUAAUUGUUGGAUCUUUGUGCAUGUAUGUUGCACAUGUCCCCUCUCAUGUGAUGCUGCUUAGUUUUGAGGCAGGGGUUCAUUAAUGAGAUUAAAGACGAGAUUGUUGCCUUGUCGAAUGUGAACCCUGCUUCUUCUCACUUCCCUCACUUCUGUGACUUACGUUUUGUUUGUUCGUUUUCUUUUUUGAGAAAGUUAGAACUGUUUGUGAGGAUGUGUUUACUACAUGUCAACAACAGUCUAAUGCAGAAGGCCAAAGGGGCUUGACCAGCCUGGACUACUAUUACAUCCCGAACACAUGUGUGAAAUCACAGGUCACUGCAGAUUGAACUGAAGAUAUCUGAUUACUGUUUCUUUUUCAAUCUUUUUUUUUUUGUUCCUUGAUUUAUACUUGUAACACCAUCUUUACAAACAAAGACACCACUGAAUAAGGAUAAUAAAAUUGGUUUGGUUGUCA